AUGGAAGAAGGUGGAGCCAAAGCGGUGUGUGCAGAAGAAGCUCUCGCUCUUCUCAAUUGCGUCACUCAAUCUCCCUACGAUGAACAACAAUGCCUUCGCCUUUUGAAUUCCUUGCGCGACUGCGUCCUCGCCAAGAAAGUGAAAAACUUUUCCCUGGCUGGACAAGAAAAACAGGCAACUAAACCCAGUACCAAGAAGGCUUGA